GAUGCUUUCAAGAAGAUUGGCAAGAUCAAUUCCAUCCUCAACAAGAGGUUAUGCUACAAAAGUCCAAGCCACUGAUUUUGAAGCUGGUAAAGUUUCUUCAUUAACAGUCAAAGUUAAUGCAGGUUCUCGUUAUGCUCCAAAAGAUGGUCUUGCUCAUUUAUUAUCAAGAUUCAACUUCCAAAACACUAGAUCUAAAUCUGCUUUGAGAUUAACAAGAGAAACCGAAUUAUUAGGUGGUCAAUUUUAUUCAAAAGUUGAUAGAGAUGCAAUUUAUUUAACUGCAAACUUUUUAAAAGAAAAUUUACCAUAUUUCGUUAAUGCCUUAGGUGAUGUCUUAUAUAAAACUUCUUUCAGACCACAUGAAUUCCCAGAAGUUGUUUUACCAGCUGCAAAAUACGAUUUAGCUACCGCUAAUGCUGAUCCAAUUUUCAAAGCUUCAGAAUUAUUACAUUCAAUCACUUAUAGAGGUGAUUUAGGUAAACCAUUAUAUUAUGAUGGUGUUCAAAAUGUCACUUUAGAUGAUGUUAAAGCUUAUGCUGACCAAGUUUACGUUAAAGAAAACAUUGAAAUCUAUGGUAAAGGUAUCAAUCCAAAAGAUUUAGAUAAUUUCUACAAAGAUUCUUCAUUAUACGGAUUACCAGAAGGUAAAUCAUUAUUAGCUACUUCAGCUCCAAAAACUUAUGAAGGUGUUGAAUCAAGACUAAGAGCUACUGGUGCCUCAGUUGCUGCUAUUGCUAUCCCAGUUAAAGCUGCUGAUUUUGCUACUUAUGAAGUUUUAACAAACUUUUUAUCAUCUCCAUUAUCUGGUUUAUCUGAAUUGAUUUCAGAAGUUAAAUUUAACAAAUAUGCUCAAUCAGGUUUAUUCACUUUAGCUGUUAAAGGUGAUUCAUCAACUGUUUCUUCAAACAUUAAACAAAUUGUUUCAAGCUUGAAAAAAUCUACUGAUAUCUCAGUUGCUAACAAUUAUACCAAUGCUCAAAUAGCUUUUGCCAAUGACACCGCCAUCACUCCAUUAUCUUUAGAUGUCUCAAAAGUUAAAGAUUUCAAAUUAGGUAAAUUUAACUAUGUUGCUGUUGGUGAUGUUUCAAACUUACCAUAUGCUGAUGAAUUAUAAAUUGUUGAUUGAGCGACGAAAGAGUUAGAUUAGAAUGAGAGAAAGAAGUGAUAAGAAAAAUUUAUCAAAAUAAUGACAUGAGAAAAUCUAUUAUAGCAUUUUUUAAACAAAAAACUUGAAUUAUAUAUAUAUAAAAAAAAAUAGGAUGGUGAUGUGGUGGUGUUAAUUAACAAUAAAGGAAAAUUGAAAAAGAAAAAAAAUCUAUUAUUAUUGUUUGACUUUUGGGAGGAACAGAAAGAUAUAAAAGUACAUACUAUUCCAUCAACCCCCCAUUAAUAUUCUGUAAACUGUUUACUUUUAUAUUAUACAUACACAUAUAUUGUGAAUUUUUAACCAUUUUUCUUUGUAGCAUAUUAAUCACUAGUCUUUUGACUGCUGUAUAUACAACACGUUGUUACAUCUUAUGAACAAAUCAUUACCCAAGGGGGUUGAUGUACCAUCCAC